CGGACUACCAGGCCUUGGGUGCUCCUCGGUGCCCCUUCCUCUCUGCUUUGCUUCCCACAGUCCCCUGUGCGUGUCCCUCACUUUUGGCGCACGGCUGUGUAGCUGCGCGCGGCUUUCCAUGGUUCGGUGGUACCCGCUACUCAGCGCCACCCCCCAAGGGCCACACAGACUGCUCACGGCGUGGACUCGGCCCAGAGAAAAGUUUCCCUGACCCAGAGCCCGUGGACGCGUAGGUGACAGCAGCCCUGAAGGUCGCAGAAGUCCGGGGUACCAUGGAGGAGCCCCCAGUACGGGAAGAGGAGGACGGCGAGGAAGACGAGGGCGCCCUGGCCAAGAGCCCCCUGCAGCUGACCACCGAAGACGUGUACGACAUCUCCUAUGUGGUGGGCCGCGAGCUGAUGGCCCUGGGCAGCGACCCCCGCGUCACCCGGCUGCAGUUCAAGAUCGUACGUGUGAUGGAGAUGCUGGAGGCGCUGGUGAAUGAGGGCAGCCUGGCGGUCGAGGAGCUGAGGAUGGAGAGGGACAACCUCAAGCAGGAGGUGGAGGGGCUGCGGAGAGCCGGUGUGUCCGGAUCCGAGGUGAACUUGGGACCGGACAAGAUGGUAGUUGAUCUGACAGACCCCAACCGGCCCCGCUUUACCCUGCAAGAGCUGAGGGACGUUCUGCAGGAACGCAACAAGCUCAAGUCGCAGCUGCUGCUGGUGCAGGAGGAACUGCAGUGCUACAGGAGUGGUCUCCUUCCACCCAGAGAAACUCCAGGAGGAAGAAGAGAGAAAGACGCUAUGGUUACCAUGGGCAACGGCGAGAAGGAGGAGAGGACCAUUAUGAAGAAGCUGUUCUCUUUCCGGUCAGGGAAGCACACCUAGAUUGAAGGCCAUUGCCAAGAUGGCGACCCUCUCGACUUGAGAAGAUAAUUGCCAAUAUGUCUUCUGGAACCAUCUUUCUGUGCUUUGGAGCUUUGCCCUCAGAGCAAAGUCAAAGGAAGAUGCUCUCAUGGCUCACCUGCUCCCCGGGGACAGAACUGGAUAGGCAGUAAGCUUUGGCCAGGACAAGUGAGGCAUGAUCAGGAACUUGAGAAAGCAAAGGAACACUGAGCGUGGCCUCCACUCAUGGACAGAGGCCUCUGGCCCGCAGAUUGUUCCUGCCUCAGCGGUAAUCCGGUCAGAGCAAGAUGGAAAAGUAGGAAAGUAUGGAAUCGCUUUUACUGAUAUUUGGUGAAUACUUGAUUUCUCUCACUCAACUUUCUUUAUAUGACUUUUGUAUUAAAAUGAAAAGACCUUUAGAGUUUC